ACACUGCCUGACAUCACAACAUCAUGGAAAUCUCAGGCAGAAAGCAACACAAAUAGGCAGUACUGAAUAAAGAAGAUAAAUGGAAAGAGCACCAAAAGAUUCAGCUUGUACAAAUCAGCACUGUUAAAUUUGUUUUAAUCACACAAUACUAAUCUACAACUGCCCAGGGUUCUUAGGUGUAAUAGGAAAAUGUUCUUCCAGGUGACUAUAACCAGUUUUCCCACUGGAAGCAAUAGAAGGAGCAUUUGUUUGUUCCUGGACAGCUGGUAUUUGGGAUCAAAGGUUUAAAAUGAGCCUUACAGACAUUCUAAGCCCUUCUGACAUCGCUGCUGCUCUGCGGGACUGCCAAGCUCCAGAUUCCUUUAGUCCCAAAAAAUUCUUUCAGAUCAGUGGGAUGUCUAAAAAGAGUAGCAGCCAGCUCAAGGAGAUCUUCCGGAUUCUCGACAAUGAUCAAAGUGGCUUUAUUGAGGAAGAUGAGCUCAAGUAUUUCCUUCAGAGGUUUGAGUGUGGAGCCAGAGUGUUAACCACCUCAGAAACCAAGACCUUUUUGGCAGCUGCAGAUCAUGAUGGGGAUGGUAAAAUCGGGGCUGAAGAAUUCCAGGAAAUGGUGCAGGCUUAGGACCAAACAAGAUAGAAUUGGGAUGAAUCUGCACAAGACGCUCAAAAACCUUGAAAAUUGGGAGUCCCUUAUUUAUCUUGUCAGGGUCUGUUAUUUUUUCACUGACUUAGCAACAUAAUGGAACACUGAUUACUGAUUUUUUUCAUUGUGUGGACUAUUUACCAUGUUCUAACCUCUACUUUAGCAGACACUUCCCUUAAAAAUAUCCAAUAAAAAGUAAUCAUAUACUGUA